AUGGAAGAGAGGAAGGGAGCUACUUCUUUGACGGUGUCUGCAGCAGAGUUUAGAACAUGGAUUCAGGAUAUGGAGCUAGUGGACUUGGCACUCACUGAUCGCUUGUUCACCUGGUUCAGGGGACAAUCUUGCAGCCGCAUUGAUAGGAUUCUGGUUAGUUUGAAAUGGUUAGAAGAGUUUCCUGAAACAAGGCUGAGAAGAGGCCCAAUAGGGUUAUCAGACCAUUGUCCAAUGAUUGUGGAGGUCACUCGGCUUAGAGGGGGGCCAAGACCUUUUCGGAGUCUAGACUCUUGGUUUACUCACGAUGGGUUUUUGAGGAUGGUAAAGGAAGAAUGGAGGAGAUUAGGUGAGGUACAAUUCAUAGAUAAGUUAAAGGCUUUGACAACCCCACUGAGCAGAUGGCAUAGAAAGAACUUUGGGGACAUGGACACAAGAAUUACACAGCUUGAGGAUGAAAUAAAGAAAGUAGAUGACAGGGUAAGUACCGAAGCGGCUGAUGGGACGGUUGAAGCUAGGAGAAAGGCGCUCGUGAGCUUCUGUAGAAAAUGGUAUAUCAGAAAGGAGUUACAUUGGAAGCAAAUGUCACGAUCUCGACAUGCAAAGGAGAUGGAUAAAAACACCCGUUAUUUCCACAAUUUAGCCUCGGCCCGAAGAAGAUCCAAUCGGAUUGAUGCCUUGAUGAUAAGUGGGAGGUUGGUAAGGAAUCAAGCCAGGAUCAAGAUUGCUAUACGUGACUUCUAUAAGAGGCUGUACCACCAAGAGACAAUGCCGAAUAUUGAGUUUAGGGAUGGACUGGUAAAGCAGAUUCAUGAGGAGGAGGCAACAGCGUUAGAGGUGAUGCCAACCUUUGAAGAAAUAAAGGAUGCCGUUUGGGAUUGUGAGUCAACAAAGGCACCAGGCAGUGAUGGGUAUAAUAUGAAUUUUAUAAAGAAGUGUUGGGGAGAACUAGGAAGGGAGUUUACCGGAGCGGUGAUAGGGUUCUUCCAGUCAGCUACGCUACCUAGUGAGUUGAAUGUCACUUGGGUGGCACUGGCACCGAAAUUUACUAGCGCUAGAGAAAUUAUUGGGUGGCACUGGCACCGAAAUUUACUAGCGCUAGAGAAAUUAAGGAUCUUCGGCCGAUUAGUUUGGUGGGUUGUGUCUAUAAGGUCAUAUCUAAGGUGUUGGUCCGGAGGAUGCGGAAAGUAA